UUAGUCACCUACAGUAAGUCGCACCCUGACCUCUCCCAGCAGGAAGAUAUAUUUCAGCUCCAAGGGCACUUUCUCACAGCCUUGGGGAAUAACGGCAUUGGGAGAGAAACAGAUGCUUUGUCAGAGCCCUGGGGUAAAAUGUGAAGAAGACCACCUCCACUGACCAGAAACAUGAGCCGGUGGGGAAGGCAUCCUCCAUCAGCUCACGAAGGCUUGCUUUCUUCCCUGGUGAAUUUUACCUUUGGCAUCCUUUGGAUUACAACAACCUAUUGGAAGUGGAGGUCUACAGAGUCAUUCCUCCCCCGGCCAGCGGGUGGCACUGUAGUUGUGCUAUUGCCAGAUGCCCUUUCCAGGCAAGUCCUGUCUGUCCUGCCCACACUUCUUAUCACCCUCUGCUUAUCCUUUGCCAGGUCUGUGUGCCCUCUCUAUCAAUCAUUCCAAUUCCUACGUGGCCUACCCUGGGAGUCAGACUACCGGCGAGAUCGUGCUUUACGAUGGACACUCCCUGAAAUCAGUCUGCACGAUUGCUGCCCACGAAGGGAUGUUGGCCGCCAUUGCCUUCAACUCCUUGGGCUCCAAACUCGCCAGUGCUUCUGAGAAAGGCACCGUCAUCCGAGUCUUCUCUGUACCAGAGGGGCAAAAGCUCUAUGAGUUCCGGAGAGGAAUGAAAAGGUAUGUGACGAUCAGCUCGUUGGCGUUCAGCAUGGACUCCCAGUUCCUCUGUGCCUCUAGCAACACGGAGACGGUGCAUAUCUUCAAGCUGGAACACCUCACAAACAGUCGCCCAGAGGAGCCUUCAACCUGGACUGGCUACAUGGGGAAGAUGUUCAUGGCCGCUUCCAACUACCUCCCGGCCCAGGUGUCAGACAUGAUGAACCAGGACAGGGCCUUCGCCACCGGGCGCUUGACCAUCUCCGGGCAGAGAAACAUCUGCACCCUCUCCACGAUCCAGAAGCUGCCGAGGCUGCUGGUGGCAUCAUUGGACGGCCACCUUUACAUCUACAAUCUGGACCCUCAGGACGGAGGAGAGUGUGUCUUAAUCAAAGCUCACAGCUUGCUUGGCUCAGGAACAGCCGAGGAGAAUCAAGAAAAUGACCUCAGACCUUCAUUACCUCAGUCUUACGCGGCGACAGUAGCCAGACCAAGCACAUCUUCGGCCUCCACGGUGCCCGAUAAUCUUGUGCCGUGGAAGUCAGAAGGGCAAAGCGAAGCAGUCCUGAUGAGAAGCACGCCUCAGAAAUCAGGACAUCCCUGUCGGGUGGUUAUGGAGAAACCCAGGAAGGUAGAAGAAUGGCGUCUGGUUGUGUGAGCAGGACGGGGACAGGAGUCCCUGGCGCUGGCCACAUACGCCAUAGGACACCAUCACCAGCUUCCCCCAGCCCUGGCCACCGGGGCACGUGAGAGACACUUGAGUUACACGGCCCACUGUUUUAAGAUAUGUUAUGACCAUAGCGUCCAUGCUAACUAACCAUAUUGGUCUGUAAUCGGAUUUUUUUAUUAAAAAAAAAAAAGAAAGGGGGGCAUCCUUUUUCAAUGUAUGCUGUGUAAAAAAAAAAAAAAAAGUCCAUAUAAGGAGACUUCUUUGAAUUGUAUUUCUUGUAUAUUACAUACAAUAUAGAGACUCUUUUAGCCAAGCAAGGUAUUUUUGCAGUGAUUGGAAUAAAUGAUUUCUUAUGACCUUUGAGUUCCAUGUUGGACACUAAUAAUAAAAUCAUGGUAAAUG